AGCGCCGAGCUGAAUCCUGCCGGGGCAGUGUCGCCUGCCAGCUGGGGGAAUGUCGUGAGAAGCCUCCGUGUCGGGCUCCAGCACUCCGCUGAUAACCGCUGGAUGGAUGCGCGUGUCGAGGCGGCUGCUUCGGGCUGUUAGAGCUGCAGCGAGGAGCGGCUGCGGGAGGAUGUAGCGAGCCGCGGAGCAGAAUGUCAAGUGGAACAAAAGAGACUCGUUAUCCGUCUUCAACACUCCGCAGACUCAACUAACCGGCAGCUAAACCACUAGCUAACCUACAUAUCGGUUUGGAGCAUCCUCGCCUGCUGCCCGUCUUGUCUGCUGCGUGGAUCUUAAUUGACAUCUCCCCGCCAUGGCAGCGGUGGUCAGCUUCUCUCCCCCAUGGUGGGUGACUCUGCUGCACAGAGUUCCCCAUUUCAACUUCAAGUUCGAGCAGACCAGCAGUGAUUUCCAACCCGAGGACUGGACGUAUCAACAGUCCAUCCUGUUGUUGGGAGGUGUGGCGCUGGCCUGUCUGGCUCUGGACCUCCUCUUCCUGCUCUUCUACUCCAUCUGGCUGUGCUGCCGGCGGAACAAAAACGACGAGCGGCCCAACGCCGACUGCUGCUGCACAGCCUGGUGCGUCAUCAUCGCCACGCUCGUCUGUAGCGCUGGCAUUGCCGUCGGUUUCUAUGGGAACGGCGAGACUUGUGAUGGAGUGAAUCGGCUGACGUAUUCCCUCCGCCAUGCUAACCGCACCAUAACCGGAGUGCAGAAACUGGUACACAACAGCACGUUCUCGUUGAACCAGACAGUAGAAAAUGAUCUGCAACAGCUUGAGGGCCAGUACGCUCAGCAUGCGGACUACCUGUCCAUCAUCCAAAAGCUGCAGGGCCAGCUGGAUGAGCUGGUCAGGCAGAUGGUGGUGAUUCCCUUCUGGGAUAACGCAAGCAUCUCCCUGGAAGAGCUGGCCGCCAAGAUCGAGCUGUAUGACUGGUAUAGGUGGCUGGGCUACAUAUCGCUGCUGCUCUUCGACGUCCUCAUCUGCCUCCUGGUCCUGUUUGGCCUGAUUCGCAACUCCAAGGGAACCCUGGUCGGGGUGUGCCUGUUUGGUGUGGUGGCUCUGGUGAUCAGCUGGGUGUCCCUGGGGCUGGAGCUGGCGGUCUCCGUGACUUCCAGUGACUUCUGCGUUGCUCCCGAUAUGUUUGUCACCAAAGUGGCGGACCAGCACGGAGUCAUCAACCAAGAAAUCCUGAAAUACUACCUGAGUUGCAGUGUGGAGCAAACCAACCCUUUCCAGCAGAAGCUUUCUGGGAGCCACAAGGCAUUAGUGGAGAUGCAGGACGACGUGUCUGAGCUGCUGCGCUCUGCCACCAGAGAGUACAAACAGACCAAGGGAACUCUGGAGGAGGUCCAGGGGAUCCUGAACACCACGGAGAUCAGCCUCCAUCAGCUCACCGCGCUGGUGGACUGCCGCAGCCUGCACAUGGACUACGUCCAGGCCAUGACCGGCCUCUGCUACGACGGGCUGGAAGGCCUCAUCUACCUCGUCCUCUUCUCCUUCAUCACCGCUCUCAUGUUCAGCUCCAUCGUGUGCAGCGUGCCUCACACCUGGCGGGGAAAGCGGGGCGACGAGGACAGCGAGGACGAGUCUCUGAGCCACGGGGGAAGGCAGAACCACGACAACCUGUACCGGGUCCACAUGCCCAGCCUGUACAGCUGCGGCAGCAGCUACGGCAGCGAGACGUCCAUCCCCGCCGCGGCCCACACCGUCAGCAACGCGCCGGUCACAGAAUACAUGGCCCAGAACGCCAACUUCCCGAACUCUCGCUGUGAAAAUACGCCCCUGAUAGGACGAGAGUCUCCUCCCCCCUCGUACACCUCCAGCAUGCGGGCCAAGUACCUGGCCAACAGUCGACCAGACCCCAGCAACCCUCCGGGCCGUUAGGCAGCACCCGGUGUGCAGCGCUCUGAGCUCACCCAGCCACCCCAACCCUUCAGCUGACGGUCCGACGCCGGAACCGGCUCUGCUGGAUGGCCGGGGAGACAUUUCAGGACCAAUCUGGAUCUCAGACGCUCUUUUCCAGGACUCGAACGCAGCCCAGACACAGCAGAGCCUGGAUCCAUCGACUCUCACACUCCUCUUCCUCUUUCGUCUCUCCACAUUCAAACACACAACACGCAAUCAUGCAGACACACACUGUCACACGUCGCCACACAGUGCUGAGGACUCCGGAGCUGCUCACACACUAACAUCGUUUACUACUGGUUGUUUUGUAAAGUACUGUACCACUUUCCCAUUACUGCAGGAGGCUGAGAGCAAUGCCUUAGAUAUACAGUUUACACACACACACACACACACACACACACACACAGAGGACAUACUGUUUGGUAGAAUAGAUUAAUUUUUCACGUCCUCAGGACUCUUAGAUCUAGAAAUGCAGCUUCAUGUUGACUUUACUGUAUAUGAGACACACACACAGACACACACACUCGGACUCCUCUGACUGUGGUUUCAUCGUUUUCUCGUCGCUUCGAUCUGAGGUCUGGAACCAGUUUUCCCUGCAGUCCUGCAUGUCUUACAGCCAUUUUUUUAAAAACAGCUUUCCUUCUCUUUCCGGCUGUUUUCCUGUGACAUAUUUUGUAUUUCUUCUGCGAUCAGCCCGGCUCUACAGCAGUGGCUGUCUCCUCGUGGAGCUGUGAUUGUGGCACAUGAUUUAGUUUGAAAUAAGACGAGCAGCGAGGAGGAGGAAAAAAAAAAAAAGAAGAAUGAAACCGUUUGGAGAAAAUUUUUAUACUACUGGAAGCAGGAAGCUUUUUUAGAUGAUGGUUCGGCAGAGGAGGGGUUUUUAUUUCCUGCUACGUGAUUUGCUUCAGAUCCUUUGCAGUGAGCCGUGUUCACUUAACCGCUUGAUAACCGCUCCGCGUUCCCGUCGGGUGAAGCCUCGACUCCCUUCACAGAGCGGGGAGUCGGAGCUUCGAGAACCGAUGCAGCGUCUCGCAAAUGUGUUUUAGCAUUUAUAAGGAAAACGUAGACGGGCGAGUGGACUCUGAAGGGACGACGCGUGUUUCUGUGUGUGUGUGUGACUAUCCAGAGCCGACGCUCCCUCGCCCAAUCGCCAAACCCGGCAGCGAGAGGUUUGGACUUGAGGUGAUGUCCAGACUGUGCCAACAAGCCGAGCACGACUGCUUUUACCCUCUCGGUGUCUUUUUAAAUGUCUUCAAAUGAGCCGGACGACUUCAGACAUCAAAACCGACGCAGUCUCUGUUUUUACGGUAGUCGUAAUCUUCUCUUGGUGGUGUGUGAAGCAACGCUCUUGUAAAGGUUAUAUUCAAGAUGAAGCAAAAAAAAAAAAAAACUUGACAUUUUAUUCCUAAUUCCUUUUCAAAGCCUGUUUCACCUUCUUGAGCGUUUUCCUAUUUGAUUUGCUUGUAGACUUUUCUUCAAAUUACAAU